AUGAAUAUCUCAGACUUUAAUCUCGUGGGAAGAAUGGAUCAAAUCGAUGGCGUCCUAUACUUGGGUGCUAUAGAAGCGACUGAAGACCCUGAAGAGCUGACAAAGGCUGACAUCGCAACCAUUCUGUCCGUUAUAUCCGAUGAAAUGGAGGCAAAGGACAGAAUCGGUGGCAUUAGAUACCACUGGAUUCAAGCGGACGACUCGCCACGCGAAGACCUCUUGACUCACUCUCCGGAGGCGUACGACAUCAUUGACAAGUGUGUGGUGUCGGGCAUCGGGAUUCUGGUGCACUCGUGGCAGCGGCGGAAGACGUACGAAGAGAUCCAUGCGUUGGUUCAGUGCCGGCGUCCUAUCAUUUGGCCAAACCAUGGAUUUGUGGCUCAGUUGGGGUUAUGGGAAGGGAUGGGCUUUCGUUUGGACGCAAACAACAAGGAAUUCCGACAUCAUAUGAGAGAAAUGCAUUCACUGCAUACCUUUCCCGUCAAAAAGUUGGACCAAUACUUCCCGAGACUCGAGAUGGCCGAGAGUACUACCCGUCCUUUGAAUUUAGGCAAACAGUAUGUCUGCAAGAAAUGUGGCGAGGAGUUGUUCCACGAGCUCCAUGUGCUCAGGAAUAGUGGCGGAAAUACAGGCGAUACCUGUGGCCGAGUAUUUAUAGAGCCCCAGCCCUGGAUGUCUGAGUUAUUGUCGUAUGAAAAGCAAUCCAUUGAUUAUUACAAGGAUUUGAAGAUCAGAUGUCUUCAGUGCGGACAAGUGGUGGCAAAGUAUAGGACAGAGUAUUAUGCCGUUCAGUGCCAAUGCAGUGACCACUCAAACAUCAAUGAGAUUAGGAUCCAGAUGUUGGACAACACCUUCUCAUUGAAGUCUAAUUAA